GAUAUUCUUGUGGACAAUGUCAAUACUGGUAUCAAACCGUUCGUUUGUAAUAUUUGCGGCAAAACUGACUCAUACAAAAGUGGUUUAGAAUAUCAUUUGAAAACUCAAGAAGCUGGUAUCCGUGAGCACAGUUGUCCAGUUUGUUUCAAAUUAUUCACUUCCAUGUAAAAUAAAUAAUAUUUUUUGUAUAAUUUUCAUUGUUUCAUUUUCGUUGGUUUUUAUGAAAACAGUUCUUGAUAUAAAUAAUCAUCGUUUCCAGAACUUAUUACCAUAAAAGAAAAGUUUUAUAUUUUUAAUAAAUUGUACUUGUUUUCGGAAAAUAUAACAUGGAUGCUUCAUAUUGUAACCAAUCUCGUUCUACUCCUAAAACGUCAAAAAUUUAUGAAGUUUCCGUAUCUAUCAUUUUUGAUAAUGAAAAUACGUUAGAUUUUGAUAGAAUAGUGCAACUCAACAAAAAUGAAAUCCUGUAGUAACGUAAAUGGCAUUAUAAUGAUGAAACUACAAUGCGACGAAUGUCCUUCGACCUUUAGCAACAAUCGCAAAUUCAUUCGCCACAAAUUGCAACACGAACGACAACGAGAAUUGAUAAAGUGCAUAAUGUGCGAUAUUCCCGUACAAAGAAAAGACUAUCAAUACCACAGAAUAUUUCUUCACGCUGUCGAAAAGUAUAAAAUGAAAUGCUCCGUCUGCGAUAAAUAUUAUUCCAGAGUACUACACCUGAGAAAACAUUACGCUGAAAACCACGAAGAGUUUGGAAUAAAGAAAACCGCGAUUUGUGAAUUGUGCGGCUACGGUACUUACAAUAACGCUGGAUUACUGAAUCACAAGAGGAUAAGGCACAACGAACAAAAAUUAUUUUUAUGCUCGGCGUGUCCAAAACUAUUUCGAACAAAAACGUUGCUAGAUUAUCACAUGCCUGUACAUACCGGAGAAACUCCAUUUCACUGUAACGUUUGCGGUAAGAAGUACAAGCAUAGAUCAGGACUAUUUUAUCACGGAAAAAUCCAUAAAGAAGAAUAUCUAGAAUGUCCGCAUUGCUACAGACGAUUUAUAGCCAAACAUAAUCUAGAAUCUCAUAAGAAAGUAUGCAAGUUCGUAUUUUAAAAUCAAUUUUUAAUUGAGAAUUAUCACUAUAAAGAAGUGGAAUUAUGUAUAUUAAUGUUUGCAAAUAAAAAUUAUCCAUUUGA